ACCGCGUACUGAAGAAUAAAUCUUCAAGAAGAGCUAAAAACUUUCCCCUACAGGACUUGUACUUCCAAUUCCUUCCAUCUUUCUUCUCAACACUUCCCUCCCUUUCCUUCUCCUGCAAAUUUCCCUCGCCUUCCACCAAAAUCGUAAUGGACUACGAUUUCAGGAACAGAACAGGUCCCCCGUACGAUGCGCAAAUCCCUAUGUACCGGCAACAGCCCACUUCAUCAUCAUCAUCAUCGAUGCCAUCUAGCCAUCCGAUGUACGGACCUUCCUUAUACCCAAGAAUCGGUCAACCCGCUCACACCGUAGUCUCUCCUGCACCCCGCAUCCCACCUUUCCAUCAGACCUCUUCUCCUUCCACUUCGUCGGGAUUGGGCGUUAGGGUUGCUCUGAAACCAGAAUAUCGGAUCACUCCCCCGCCUCAGUUGUCGCCACAAGUUGGGGACAUUCCUCGAAGCAAUUUCCAGUUUGAUUUCGAGUUUGAGAGGAAAAUCUUAGCCGAAGCAGAGAAGGAAAGCAUGAAUUUUAGCAGGCUUGGCUUGGAAAACCUUUCUUCUAAACCUACCGAAUCAACUUCUUCAUCGGGUGCGAAGUCAGAUCCUGUGGUGAGCAAAUACAUUGCCUCUGGACUCAACCGAGAAGCUGUAACUGUUGCAGUUGCAAAUUAUGGAGACGAUCCAACCAAGGUACGUGAAUUUGCGCAUGGUUACAACCUACUGCGAGAAAUGGGAUUCUCAUCAAACAAUGUUGCUGAGGCCUUACUCAUGUAUGACAAUGACACAGACAAGGCAUUGGCGCAUUUGCUCAACAACUCAUCAUGAGGAUGAUAUAAACUAAAUAGUUGUAUGUGAGUGAAGACUGGAGUGAUAAUGUGAUACCUUUUUUGUUUAAUUUUUUUUUUAAUUUCUGGUGUGCUUUUUAUGCUUUGAUACAGAUUAUACAAAUGUUCAUUCUGUGAUAUUUUAUCCCUUUAAUAAAAGAAAAAAAUAACUAUGAGCAGCA